AUGGACUUACAGUGUACUAUUAACAGUGCAAUAUCAAGAAAAUUAAAAACACGUUUACUAUUAAGCCGUCAAAUAGACCGCAUUAUACAAUACGCCGACGGUAUUGGCCCUAAAAUUCAACAAUCAAACAAUGAUGAAAUGGUUACUUUUAUAAGAAGUUUGAACGAAAUAGAAAUAGGUGACAGUAAUUACAUAAGCGAGCUGAAAAAUUUAGCAUGCAAUGUAAUAGUUGAUCGAUGGGUCAAGUCAUGGUCCGAGGGCACGCUUCAAAUUAAUGAAAAAGAAGAAAUGUAUGACGAAAAUGACGGUCCGGCAUUUUUCGAUACAACAGUGUUUACCCAAGAAAAUAGUUAUAGUCCAUGGGCUUCACAAUGGCCGAAACCCAAUCACGUCAGAAAAUUAACUUAUAUUAAUAAUUUAUAAACAAUAACUUUAUAUAUUGUACU